AUGCGCUUUCAGACCAUCCUCAGCAGCUUGGUUAUCCUUCCAGUGGCUCUGGCUUACUGGCCAUUUCGCGAAAACAUCGAAGAGAUAUCGGUGUACCGCAAUGAGCAGCCCAAUGUGAAAGUCGAGACCCUCUUUCAAUUUCCCAACAAUGGCUCAUGGAUCGGAAAUAUGGCCCUUCGGUCAGACGGCAACCUUCUUGUAACGCGUCUGGAUACCCCGGAAGUUUGGCUUGUCGACACCACAAGCGGAAAGGCGACCCUCGCCUACUCGUUCCCCAAUGUCACGAGUACCUUCGGAAUCAGUGAAAUCGAAGACAAUAUCUUUGCGGUUGUUGUGGGAAAUUUCUCUAUCAAAACAUACCAGCCUGGUGCAGGCUCGUUCUCAGUCCAGAAAUUGGACUUCAAUGCUCAAGCGAACGGGCGUGCCCUGAAACUUGCAACGGCCUCGGAGAUCGUCGCAAUCCCAGAGGCUCUGGCCUUGAAUGGCAUGGCUACUUUUUCAAGGGAAUCAAACUUGGUUCUCAUUGCCGAUAGUCCAAAGGGUGUCAUGUGGAAGGUAGAUACCAAGACAGGAGACUAUUCUGUCGCACUGAAUCAUACUACAAUGGCUCCGGCAGAGGGGCAAGCCCUUCCCUUGGGAGUCAAUAGCCUUACUAUGCUUGGUGACUAUGUCUACUAUACCAGCACGACACGAAUGUUGUAUUGCAGAGUCAAGGUGGACAAGGAUGCCAAACCAAUCGGAGAUUUCGAGGUCAUCGCUAGUGGAUUCUUACCGGAUAACGUUGAGAUGACCGAGGACGGCACUGCGUACAUUCCGACAGAUCCCCAGAACUCUGUUGUGCGCAUCACACCUUCGGGGCAGAUCUCACUUGUUGCAGGUGGUCAAGUAUCCACGGAAAUGCCAGGUCCAAGUUGUGUCCGAUUGAGCAAAGACCGACAGAUACUCUAUGUUGGUACCACAGGUGGUCAGAUUGCCCCUGUUCUGGGCAAGUUCAUCGAGCCCGCAAAGGUUCUGAAGAUCACGCUGGAGGGAUAG